AUGAGAAUCCGGAGACAGGAAGUGGUGGAAGAAGUGAAGAGGCAGCUAUGGUUAGCAGUGCCUCUUUGCUCAGUUGGAAUCUUACAGUUCAGUCUCCAAACUAUCUCUCUUAUGUUUGUUGGCCAUCUUGGUACAUUACCUCUUUCGGGUGCUUCCAUGGCCACUUCCUUUGCAUCAGUCACCGGCUUCACCUUAUUGAUGGGAUUGGCUAGUGCAAUGGACACAUUUUGUGGUCAAUCAUAUGGGGCAGGACAGUACCAUAUGCUUGGCAUACACAUGCAAAGAUCCAUGCUUGUUGUUUCAAUAAUUAGUGUAUUCCUUGCCAUCAUUUGGGCAAACACAGAACCAAUUCUAGCUGCUAUGCAUCAGGACAAAGUCAUAUCCAAGGAAGCUGGCUCAUAUGCCCGUUUCAUGAUCCCAAGUUUAUUUGCAUACGGUCUUCUUCAGUGCAUUCUCAAGUUCUUGCAAAACCAAAAUAUUGUCUUCCCAAUGAUGCUAACCUCUGGAAUUGCAGCUUUGCUUCACAUACUUUUGUGUUGGGUUCUUGUUUUCAAAUCUAGGCUUGGAAGCAAAGGGGCAGCCUUAUCCAAUUCUAUAUCUUACUGGGUAAAUGUGAUCUUGAUUUCUCUUUAUGUGGAGUUUUCUCCUUCUUGCAAACAAUCAUGGACAGGCUUUUCAAAGAGGCCCCUGCACAAUCUCCUUGACUUCCUUAAACUCGCUGUUCCUUCAGCUCUUAUGCUCUGCUUGAAAGUCUGGACAUUUGAACUGAUGGUUCUCAUGUCUGGUCUUCUUCCUAACCCAGAAUUAGAAACUUCAGUGCUUUCAAUAUGCCUGAAUACAUUUAGUCUAGCUUGGAUGAUCCCUUUCGGAUACAGUGCUGCUGUAAGCACACGGGUGUCCAAUGAACUGGGGGCUGGAAAUCCACGAGCAGCAAGUCUAGCAGUUCGUGUGGUGUUAUCCAUAGCCUUCAUUGAAGGCAUCAUUUUAGUUUCAAUCAUGAUUCUACUGCGGGAUGUCUGGGGUUAUGUUUAUAGUAAUGACAAGGAAGUAACUGGGUACGUGUCAGCCAUGAUGCUAGUUUUGGCCACUUCCAGCUUCCUAGAUGGGAUCCAAAGUGCACUUUCAGGUAUUCUUGCAGGAUGUGGGCGGCAGAAGAUUGGUGCCUAUGUGAAUCUUGGCUCAUUUUAUCUUGUUGGCGUUCCUUGCGCUGUUGCAUUAUCAUUUCUUGUACAUAUGAAAGCCAAGGGGUUGUGGUUGGGGAUUAUCUCUGCAUUUAUUGUGCAAGUGAUAUUUUACAUAUUCUUUAUUAUUCGAACUAAUUGGGAGGAAGAAGCAAGGAAAGCUCAAAGCAGAGUUGAGCGCUCAACCAUCUCGCCAACUACUACCCUCAGAGACAGCUUGUUACCAUAUCAAACACAGGAACAAAUUCCCUAA